AAUUGCAGUUCUCGCACUUCCCGUUGGCCUUGCAGGAUUGUAAACAAACGUGUGAUCGUAGUUCCCACCAAGGGGCGAAUCAGGCCAGUUCCUCGAGAAACCGACACCGAUCCAUGAGCUGUAAGCUUCGAGAAAGCAUUUUUGGGAGAAAAACGCCUUGUUACAGCGAUUUUAGCUGAGUCAAAGCGAAGACGCGACUGGGAGACAUUAGCUGGAAUACGAGUGAUAAGCCAGCUAACGUUAGCUGGCAGUCGCUUGUACAGUCUUGAUUGCCCUCAUCAGGGCCCAGCCUAAUUCAGGAUGGUGUAUGGGGCGCAGCUGGGCGUAUCGGUGCUAGUCUUAUUCUGCACUAUGGCGCCGUCUCCUGGUCAGGCAUAUAUAUAUGCUCAUUACAGUAACAUGACCUCCAUGCUAUUUGAGGAUCUGCCUGCUCUCUUUGGCCCUACUCUGCCAAAAGAUGGACUCAUGGGUGUGCUGGUUGAAGCUCAUCCUCAAAAUGCUUGCACACCUAUAGAUCCUCCUCCAGUUUCUCCCACACCCUCCGAUCCCAACAGCACUACAAAAUACAUUGUCCUUAUUCGACGCUAUGACUGUAACUUUGAUAUCAAGGUGCUCCAUGCACAGCAGGCCGGUUUCAGUGCAGCCAUAGUUCACAACAUGUACUCUAAUUCACUUCUCAGUAUGGGAUACAGCAAUGACACCAUUGCGGAGGAGAUCGAGAUUCCUUCUGUGUUCACAAGCUACUAUGCCUCUCAGAUACUGCGCAGCUUUAUCAUACCAGAGAAAGGGGCUUACGUGAUUCUAAAGCCUGAGUUCUCCUUCCCUCUGACCUACUAUCUCAUCCCCUUCACUGGAGUUGUUGGCAUGAUCAUCAUUAUCAUGGUCGUCAUACUGAUUGUGCGGUGCGUGCAGCACAGGAAGAGACUUCGGAAAAACAGACUCUCCAAAGAACAGCUGAAGAAAAUCCCCACUCACAAGUUUGUUAAAGGCGAUAAUUAUGAUGUGUGUGCAAUCUGCCUUGAUGAAUAUGAAGAGGGAGAUAAGCUGAGAGUGCUGCCCUGUUCCCAUGCUUACCACUGCAGGUGUGUGGACCCCUGGCUCACCCAGACUAAGAAAACCUGCCCAGUGUGCAAGCAACGCGUGACCCGUCCCAACCCAGAAUACUCAGAGUCUUCAGAUUCCGACGGCGAGUCGGGGCCACACGAGGCUGAUGAGGAAGAGGAAGGAGCGACCAGCGAGGCUGAUUCUGAGCGCACGCCUCUCCUUCGGCCCUCCAACCCUGCGUCCCCCGCCUCCUCCAGCCCGCCUCCCUCUUAUGCCUCCACAGUGACGUCAGAGGCAGCCGUCGCUACAGUAACAACCUCUGCACAGUGCUUGCUGCACGCACCGCAGCCUGACGUGCCCCUGCUGGGAUAUGAUGAGUACUAUUCUCCCAUAGAGGACUCGGAUGAAGGUACGGAUGAGGAGGAGGGUCACCCUUCAGAUAGCGAUACCACAGAGCUUAUCGGACGGGGCGCUGUGCGAGUCUGAGGGGUCGAUUAAAAACAGCUUUGGUUGUUAUAGAAUGUGUUUUCUCUGUUGUAUAUCACAGAGCUCAUAUUUGAGAUAUGCAUCCACCUAGCUAGUGUGAUCAACACUACACGGCAGUUUUUCUUUUCUACCCUAAAAUUUGGUCCGUGUCCAAAUAGAAGUUAAAAGUAACUUUUUUUGUUAAGUGAAUGAAACUGUUUCUUAAAGGGUUAGUUC